AAAAUUAGCGCAUUAAGUAAAACGAAUAAGAAAUUAAUAUAAUGCAAGCAAUAUAAAUAUUCUAAACCAACGUCAAUAGCUCCAAACACUCGUGCCUAAGCAAUACGAACUAUAACGAAAGUGUCAAAGCCUUCUCACCGCCCCGCACCAAACAACGAAAGCAAACGACAACGUAAACAAUACAAAUGUUCUGGCCUGUGCUGCUCCUGCCAUUAUUCUAUGCGGUCGAAUCACAUCAAGUAAUCGUCGACUGCAAUAAGCUGCUGAUGGGCCAGUUCAUGUGCCCUGAUCCUGCCAAGAACCAUAUCGACCCCAAAACACAGCAACUGCGUGGCUGCACCCCAGAGAAUCGUGCCCGAGUCUGGUGCAUAGCCGCUCAAGACAUUAAUUGCACCGAAACCGGCAACUCCACCUUCACACGCGAACUCCCCUGCAAGUGGACCAAUGGGUAUCAUUUGGACACGACCCUACUGUUGUCCGUUUUCCUGGGCAUGUUUGGUGUGGACCGUUUCUACCUCGGCUAUCCCGGCAUUGGGCUGCUCAAGUUCUGCACGCUGGGCGGAAUGUUUCUCGGGCAGCUUAUUGAUGUGGUGCUGAUCGCCAUGCAGGUGGUGGGCCCAGCCGAUGGGUCCGCCUACGUGAUACCUUACUAUGGAGCGGGCAUUCACAUUGUGCGCAGCGACAACACAACAUAUCGACUGCCACGCGACGAUUGGUGAUGGUUAAAGAAGCACAACGUUUGGUGUACAGUAGAUCAUGUUAAGUCAUUGUUAUAUUUUAAAUUUGGCUUAUGACACUAAGCAACGACUGCUAACUCAGAUUAGUUAUUAUCGUAGUUGUAGUAUGUAAGUAUAAAGAAUUGUUGCAGAUUUCAUUAAGCCUAAGUUGCAUUGUUUAGUAUUAAUUAUAUACACGCCUAUAUAUGAAGAAUUUUAUUGUAUAAA